GGUCAACAAUAGUCGCCGACAUGAAGUUUGUUCGGCACAGGUGUCUGCACUGUUCCCCAAAAUAAUUUUAUUUCUGAGCUGGUUCUCCAAAUGUAAAGCUGUGUCAUAUCUUCUGCAAAAAGUGAUUAAUAAUUGUUGAAAUAAAAGUGAAAAUUUAUUUGAAAAUCCUUUGUAACAAAUUAAAGAAGCUUUAAAGAGCCUUCCUCCCCCCACUGCAAAAGGAAGAAAUAAAAACUCACCCCAAAAGGCUUUUCUGCUUUUUCAAUUUGGUGCUUUUUGAAAUUUUAAAGUUGACAACGCUGAAUCUAACUUGUUAUUUAUAAAAAAAAAUAAAUACUCUCAAAAAGACAGAAGAGAGCAUCCUGCUGUGCACAGAAAUUUCGUCUCGCUGUGUACAGCAAAACCAUUUUUUUAUAUGUGCUGCGUCAAGUCAAAGUGGGCCUAGGGAUACGCAGCAGCCUAGCUCCCAUAAGAAAUACACGUGUUUGUGUGAGGGCGCAGCAAAAUCUGCUAAUUCGUAGCACCUGAGAGGUGAAAAGGGGAAAGAGAGAGCGACACCACUUGCUAAAAAAAUAGUAAACAGAGAGAAUUUUUGCGAACAGCUGUUUAGUAUUUUAAGCAAAAGAAAAACAUAUUUCCCUAUUAUUAAGAAAAACCACAAGAAACUUCCUUUAAAAGCAAAAUGUCCUACCGUAUGAGAGCUACUAAAUGUCCCACAGACGAACUGUCAUUGACCAACAAGGCCAUUGUUAACAUUAAUGAUUUUCCGGAAGAUAUAAAAUAUGCAGACAUCUCACCCGGACCUGGUCAGCAUUAUAUCUUUGCUCUCGAACGUACUGCUGAAGUGCCACGAGGUCAUGUUGGCUUUUCGUUGGUACAACGUAAAUGGGCCACUCUUUCCAUAAAUCAAGAAAUCGAUAUACGCCCUUAUCGUUUCGAUGGUAAUUCCGAUAUUAUAACAUUGGUCUCAUUUGAAACGGAUUUCUUGCAGAAGAAAACCACUUCUCAAGAACCUUACGAUUCCGAUUUAAUGGCUAAAGAAUUCUUAAUGCAGUUUGCUGGCAUGGCCUUAACCGUAGGUCAAACUUUAGUCUUUAGCUUCCAAGAUAAGAAACUCUUGGGAUUGGCAGUAAAAACUUUAGAGGCUGUUGAUCCAAAAGCCAUUAGUGAGGGCAAAGAGUCUGCCACUAGAAAUGUAAGAUUUGGACGCAUAACCGGCAAUACUAUUGUGCAAUUUGAAAAGGCCGAGAAUUCAGCAUUGAAUUUACAAGGCAAAUCCAAGGGUAAAAUAGUGCGUCAAUCGAUUAUUAAUCCCGAUUGGGAUUUCGGUAAAAUGGGUAUUGGUGGUUUGGAUAAGGAAUUCAAUGCCAUCUUUAGAAGAGCAUUUGCUUCUCGAGUCUUUCCACCAGAGUUGGUAGAACAGCUGGGCUGCAAGCACGUAAAGGGUAUUUUAUUAUAUGGUCCACCCGGUACUGGUAAAACUUUGAUGGCCCGUCAAAUUGGCAAUAUGUUAAAUGCCAGAGAGCCUAAGAUUGUUAAUGGUCCACAGAUUUUGGAUAAAUAUGUGGGUGAAUCAGAAGCCAACAUCAGACGUUUAUUUGCCGAAGCUGAGGAGGAAGAGAAAAGGUUGGGUCCUAACAGCGGUUUGCACAUUAUAAUCUUUGAUGAAAUCGAUGCCAUUUGCAAACAACGUGGUUCUGUGGCCGGCAAUAGUGGUGUCCAUGAUACUGUGGUAAAUCAAUUGUUAGCCAAAAUCGAUGGCGUAGAACAAUUAAAUAACAUUUUAGUUAUUGGUAUGACUAAUCGUCGUGAUAUGAUUGAUGACGCCUUAUUGCGUCCCGGUCGUUUGGAAGUACAAAUGGAAAUUAGUUUACCCAAUGAACAGGGUCGUGUGCAAAUUUUAAAUAUUCACACCAAACGCAUGCGUGAAUUCAAUAAAAUUGCCCCAGAUGUUGAUUCCAAGGAGAUUGCUGCUCUUACUAAAAACUUUAGUGGUGCCGAAUUGGAAGGUUUGGUACGUGCUGCUCAGUCUACAGCCAUGAAUCGUCUGAUUAAAGCUGAUGCUAAAGUAACUGUUGAUCCUGAGGCUAUGGAGAAGCUAAAGGUUACUCGUUCUGACUUCUUGCACGCUUUAGAAAAUGAUAUCAAACCGGCAUUUGGUACCGCAAUGGAAAUCUUGGAAAAUAUGCUUUCCCGAGGCAUUAUCAAUUGGGGUCAACCUGUGGCUAAUAUUUUGGAAGAUGGUAUGCUGUAUGUGCAACAAGCUAGAGCCACAGAAAGCUCUGGUUUAGUGUCAGUGUUGAUUGAAGGUUCUCCAAAUUCGGGUAAAUCUGCUUUAGCUGCUAAAUUGGCUAAAAUGUCAGAUUUUCCAUUUGUUAAGGUUUGCUCUCCCGAAGAUAUGGUGGGUUAUACCGAAUCAGCCAAGUGCUUACAUAUACGUAAGAUUUUCGAUGAUGCUUAUCGUUCGAUGUUAAGUUGUAUUGUAGUGGAUAAUGUUGAACGUUUGUUAGAUUACGGUCCCAUUGGUCCACGUUAUUCUAAUUUAACUUUGCAAGCAUUAUUGGUGCUCCUCAAGAAACAACCACCAAAGGGGCGUAAAUUAUUAAUUUUAGUAACUUCCAGCAGACGUGAGGUUUUGGAGGAAAUGGAAAUGUUAUCAGCCUUUACUUCUGUUCUACACGUACCUAAUCUUUCUCAUCCCGAACAUGUGUUGGCUGUAUUAGAAGAUGCUGACAUCUUUAGCAAGGGUGAAUUACAAGCCAUUGGCAAGAAAAUGUCGGGCAAGCGAGUAUUUAUUGGUAUAAAGAAAUUGCUAGCCCUCAUCGAUAUGGCACGUCAGACAGAGCCACAACAUCGUGCUAUAAAAUUCCUUACGAAAAUGGAGGAAGAAGGUGGUUUGGAUAUGGUAGGCAAACACUAACUACUUCGCAAUAGUUUGAACAUGUCCAUUGUUGAGCUCAACGUUGUUUUCUGAAUUUAAACAAAGUUCUAUAAUAAUGACAUUAUUGUAAGUUAAAAGACAAAACAAAUUAAUCCAAAUACUAAAAGAAAAAAUAAUCGACAAAUUUUAUUAAACAAACAAGAAAACAAAAAGAAAUGUUAUUUAUUACAAAAUUAAAUUACUUAAUUAUCCAAUGCAAAAUAGCUUAAUUAUUAUGAAUAUUUACAGUAAAACCACAGACAGUUACAUUUAAUCACCAAGAGAAAAACAUAAGAUUAAAAGGAAACUAAACAUUUUUGUUUAAUUAAGUUGAGCAAUAAAACGUUAAAAAUCGCUAGGAUAUGCUUCAAAUCGGUCUCUAUUAAACUUCAUUUUCUAAAAACUACUACUAAUUAUUUAUUAUACACUCGCCUAUUCCGAGAUUUCCCUAACAAUAACACUAAAGUUGUGUAAGAUGUGUUUGAAUACACUUCAAUAAUGAAAUGAUCUCAUUUCGUGUGAGCUGAAUAAAACAAUUGAAACUUUACAUAAAUCUAGCUAGAUAAAGGCUUAAUAGCUAUCUUCUACUUUGAAAGAAUCCUCGUUAGACAUUCCACACAAAAUAAACGUAUAAAUGUUUUUAACAAAACUUUUUCGGUUGCUACAAGAUGGUCUUUUGAAAUUAUUGUAAAAUAUGUUUACAUACUUCCUCUUCCGUGUGGUGUGUUUAGACAUUCAAUUAUUAGUUUAUAAGUUAUAAAACUAUCAAGUAGUAUUUACAUUCAACGAAUUGUAUCAUAAUAUUCCUUUUUAUUGCCAUUAUAUUCUUUGCCCUAGACACUUUCUCUGACAGGAAUAGCGCACUCAAAACCUCUGAAAAAAA